CGCUGUGUAAAACAGAAUCGGAUGUCGAAAACACCACCGAAGAAGAAGCAAUUGAACGAGUAGGGAAGAUGGUGGAUUUUAGUGAGUGGUUUACGCUCGUUUUAGGCGCCUUGCAGAAAUAAAUUCUCACGUCGCACUGCAGCUGGGCUUGUUGCUUCCUCGCCAUGUUCAAAAAAGCAAAACGCUGCAACUUCAGACGCCGGAACGAAUCCGACGAAGAGAAAGACGAGAUCCAGGAUGAGCCGGGGCAAGAAGCGCCUCAGCCGCAGCCAUGCGGGCCCGGAGGGGACACUACCCACACAACCGGCGCCGAGACGCUUACCACCAUCAGCGCCGUCAAUAGUCACGGAAAUGGAGUUCAGACGGGAGCCAUGAAGCUUCCUAAAGACAAGAAAAAGAAGAAGGAAAACCGAGAAGAACCGAAAGCCAGUCUGCUCAGCUUCAACGACGAAGAAGACGACACUGAAGUGUUCAGGGUGAAGAAGUCGAAUCACAGUAAGAAGAUUGUGAAACAACUCAAGAAGGAGUACAGAGAGGAAAAGACCAGCCAUGUUGUGCACGAAAAGACACAACUCGAUGGCGGUCACUUUUUGUCUGGAGUGGUUAUUAAAGAGGAGCCAGUGGACAGCAGAGGCAGCAGUGAACAAGGGGAAGGUGAGAUGGAGGUGGACAGUAAUGAAGAACAGGUCGAAGAGAAUGAAACCAAGCAAGGAGGAGAAUUCUCUCAGGCUCUGUCUGCACUUAGCUCCCUCCGACCAGGUGAGAUUCCAGACGCAGCCUUCAUUCACGCGGCCCGCAAACGGCGGCAGAUGGCGCGGGAGCUUGGAGGCGAAGCUCCGCUCGUGGAGACAGAGGCGUCAAGUAAGCGGCUGGUCCGGGAAGAUGAGCAAGGUGGCAGUGACGACGAAGACGAGAAGAGGAUCGUGUUCAGUGGCGUCAAACAAAAGACCCAACGUCAGAAAAUAGCAGAGGAAAUCGGUAUUGAGUGCAGCGAUGAUGAGGCCUUGAAUACUGAAGGACACGAUGAAGAAGUCACCCGCUGGGAACAGGAGCAGAUCCGGAAAGGCAUUAGCAUCCCCCAGGUCCAAACCAGUCAACCAGAGGACACGAACGUGUAUUAUCACACUAGCUACGAGAACCAGCAGUAUGCAGCACCGUAUAGCAUGCCCUAUGGAUACACAGCAAUCGGGCCAGAAAGUGUAAAGCCUGUGAAAGCGGAGAACGCUGUGCCCUACCCAAUCCCAAGCAGCAGCCUCACUCCUAUCACUACAGCUCUGGUAAAGAAACGGCUCAUGGACAGGCUGAGCUCCAUGCGUCAGGGCCGCGAUGCCAGCGCCCGGCGCUAUGAGCAGAUUCAAGAGGAGCUGCAGGCUUCCGAAAGUAGCAUCCUGCAGCUGGAGGGGUCCUCGCAGCAUGUCGCAGAGCAGUAUAAAUUCUUGCAAGAAAUGCGAGGGUAUGUUCGAGACUUGCUUGAGUGUUUCAGUGAAAAGGUUCCUGCUGUUCUGGAGCUGGAGGCUGCAAUGCACCAGUUACUAAGGCAACGGGCGGUGCGGCGAGUCCAGAGAAGACAGGAUGAUAUUAAAGAUGAAUCAUCGGAGUUUUCGAGCCUUUCAAAUAAGGCUGUUAUGGCUCCAAAUCUUGACCCUUUUGGCAGAGAUCGUGCAGCCUAUCAGGAGCUCAGCAGACAGCGGAGGGUAGCGGAGCGUGAGGCCAGAAGAGCUCGCCGCAGACAGGCUCGAGAACAGAACGGACAGAGAGCCGAACACAAGGAGGGACUGUCCAGCGACGACGAGGAGACAUCAACUGACAUAACAGGCUUCAACCUAGAAAGAGAUCGCAUUUUAAAGGAAUCGAAGAAGGUGUUUGAGGAUGUCGUCGACGAUUUCCAUUCCUUAGACUGCAUCAAGUCCCGGUUUGAAUUGUGGAAGAACCUUUACUUCACAAGCUACAGAGACGCUUACAUCGGCCUGUGCCUGCCUAAACUUUUUAACCCCCUGAUCCGGCUGCAGCUGAUCCCAUGGUCGCCUCUGGAGGAGGACUGCCCCAAUUUUGAGUACAUGCUAUGGUUUGAGACUUUGCUGUUCUACGGCUAUGAAGAGCAGAGCACCGGGCACAAAGAGGACAUUGAUAGCGGUCUCCUCCCUGCUAUCGUUGAGAGGGUGGUACUUCCUAAACUCGCAGUGCUGGCGGAGCAGGUGUGGGAUCCACUGUCCCAAAGUGAGACGUGCAGACUGGUGGCCUUCAUGCGGCGAUUAAUAAAGGGCUACCCUACCAUUUUACACGGAGACAACCGCAACACACAGGAGUUGCUAAGAACAAUUGUUGUACGCACACGACGCACGUUAGAUGAGGACAUCUUCAUGCCACUGUUUCCAAAAAGUGUCAUGGAAAACAAGAACUCGAGUCCUUAUCUCUUUUUCCAAAGGCAGUUCUGGACCUCCGUGAAGCUGCUGGGGAACAUCCUGCACUGGGAUGGCAUCCUGUCUCAGAACAGUCUGAAGGAGCUUGCUGUUGACAGCACACUUAACCGCUACAUUCUAUCAGCACUACAGUCAACAGAUGUUGGAGAGGACAGCGUGGAGAAAUGCAGGAAGGUGGUGGAGUGUUUUCCUUUGCAGUGGUUCAGCAGUUUAAAAGGUCAGCAGACUCUUCCACAGCUGGAGAACUUGUGCCGCUACAUGAAGCACACGGCCAGUUCAUUGUAUCGUAGCAGUUUUACUGCUUCUGAUGUGGACAAGAGGAUAGCAAGGGAGCAAAUUAAGGAGAUAGUGAAACUUCUGGGUCGACUCAAUGCUUUAGAUCACGUCAUCGCUGUCUCUACAGAGAACGGAAUAAAAGACAUUAAGACCCUUUUGGAGAAUAAAUGAGAGUCGAUGAACAUGAACAUGAUGAGCGCUGAUUAAAAAAAUGACUCCUGAGUGCCUGGUCCUUUAGAACGCACUGUGUAUAAAUUGUAGAUAUUGUACAUGUCUUGCUUUGGGAAUUUCUUUUGUUCAUCUGUUUUCUGAGGUGGUAUGCAACUCUGGGCUUCGGGGCGAUUAACAUAAGAAUUUAAAUGAGAACGAAUGACACGUUAUCAGGGGUUUGUUUUAAACUGCAGAGGACUGUUUCAACUCAUUACUCAUGUUUGUGGGCUUUAUAUUCUUUUCACUUGCUUCAUUCCUUCUCAUGAGCAACUUUUUUUUAACCAAUUGAUGAUGAUCUACCUGUCUGCUGCAGUACAAUCGGAUGAAGCUUGGCUGUAAAAAAGCACUUGAUUGCAUGACUGCCAUAACUCUUGUCAUUCACUUCACAUUAAAAGGAUGAUAUUGUGCAUUUUAAAAAUAAUUUUUUGAUUCAAGAGUGUUUUAAUAACUGAAUAAAAAUCUCUGUUGGAAGCAGUGUCAUUCAAAAAAAGAAAAUUAUGUGCAGUUGUAUUUCUACGUGUAUAUACUUUUUUCAACAAUAAAAAGGAUCAACUGAAAUGCAGACCAGCA